AUGUUUAAAAAAUUUGUUAUAAAUAGUGUUGAAUGGAGUGAUCCGUUAACGUCAACAUCAUCAUCAUCAUCAUCAUCAUCAUCAUCAUCAUCAUCAUCAUCAUCAUCAUCAUCAUCAUCAUCAUCAUCAUCAUCAUCAUCAUCAUCAUCAUCAUCAUCAUCAUCAUCAUCAUCAUCAUCAUCAUCAUCAUCAUCAUCAUCAUCAUCAUCAUCAUCAUCAUCAUCAUCAUCAUCAUCAUCAUCAUCAUCAUCAUCAUCAUCAUCAUCAUCAUCAUCAUCAUCAUCAUCAUCAUCAUCAUCAUCAUCAUCAUCAUCAUCAUCAUCAUGA